AUGAAGACACUCACCACGGCCCUGGCGCUGAUCGCGCCGGUCCACGCAGGCCUGCGCUUUCCAUGCUCGACGCUGACCACCCAGCGACUCGACCCCGUCGUCGAGCCGGGCAAGAUCCCGUCGGCCCACGUCCACCACAUCGUCGGCGGUAAUGCCUUCAGUGCUACGAUGGAAGGAGACGUGGGCGCGCGCGCCACCUGCACCACCUGCCAGAUGGCUGAGGACUUCUCCAACUACUGGACUGCCCAGCUGUACUUCAAGCACCCGACCAACGGGUCGUACCACAAGGUGCCCGUCAUCCCGGUGCAGCCGUUGCUUGGUGGUUCCGACGGCGCGAAGUCGGGUCUUACUGUGUAUUAUACGCAAUACGAUCUGACGAGGGAUAACCUGAACCAGCAAAAGAUCACGGCGUUCAAACCGGGCUUCCGCAUGACAGUCGGCAGCCCGACCGAGGAGGGGAAACCCCAGGUUGGUCUUCGGUAUCAGUGCCUGCAGGGCCAAAACCGCGGCCCCGAACUAGACAGUUUCCCGACUGGCCCUUGCUCGGGCGGCAUCUUCACGACACACCACUUCCCCGCCUGCUGGGACGGCCAAAACCUCGACUCGCCCGACCACCAAUCGCACAUGUACAACACGAUCCAGUACGACGGCUUCCUCGACGCCCCGGCGUGCCCGUCGAGCCACCCCGUGCGCAUGCCGCAGGUAACGUACGAGACGGUCUGGGACACCACGCAGUUCAACUCGCUGUGGCAGUCGGGCGCCCCGAACCCGUUUGUGUGGUCGUUUGAGGGCUCCGCGGCUGGCACCCACGCCGACUACAUGUUUGGCUGGAAGGGUGAUGCGCUGCAGCGGGCUAUGGAUAAGUCGGAGUGCUUUUAUGAUGGCUGUGGCUCCAUCACGAAGCAGGCGAUGUCGGUUGCGAACCAGUGUACUAUUAAGACUACGGUUAAUGAGCCGGUUGAGGGCUGGCUGGAUAAACUCCCGGGCCGUUAA